ACUCGACAUAAAGGAAAAAGAAAAACGAGUUUUAGAUAAGAAUUAAAUACCAAUAUAAACUGACAGAAUGUCUGAUGAUUGGGGAGCAUUGUGUGAUGCUCAGGAAGCUUCUUUAACAAAAACGGUCGGUGGAUUGAAUAUUGGACAAAGUGGUCAACCGAAUAGUGUGGCCAGUCCCCCAAAACCAGCCUCAGCAGUUACGAAUGGAAGUGGGGACACAGCCCAACCCCCUGCCUCGGGUGAUGCUACAGAGGAAAAACAAGUAUCGAAGGAGGAGGAAUCAUUGCUACGUAAAAUCCUUAGAUCUAAAUUGGUGACAACGAAAGCUGAUUUAGAAGUUCUACGUAAAGAUCCUAAUUCGCCAUUGUUUUCCGUUAAAAGUUUUGAAGCUCUCAAUUUGAAAAGUGAAUUAUUAAAAGGUUUAUAUGAUAUGGGAUUUAAUGCUCCAUCAAAGAUUCAAGAAACAGCGUUACCGUCCCUUCUGGCAGAUCCCCCAGUAAAUAUGAUAGCACAGAGUCAAAGUGGAACAGGUAAAACGGCAGCUUUUGUUUUAACGAUGUUAAGUCGAGUGGAUACCAGUAAACAUUAUCCACAGUGUCUCUGUCUUGCCCCAACCUAUGAACUAGCGUUACAGAUCGGUCAAGUUACAGAACUGAUGGCCAAACAUAUGACUGACUUGAAAAUUAAAUAUGCUGUAAAAGGCAACAGAAUCGAGAGAGGUCAAAAAAUAAGUGAACAGAUUAUAAUUGGUACGCCAGGAACUCUGAUGGAUUGGGCUUUACGCUAUAAAUUUUUUGAUUUACGAAAGAUAAAAGUGUUUGUAUUAGAUGAAGCAGAUGUUAUGAUUGCUACACAGGGACAUCAAGACCAGUCCAUUCGCAUACAGAAAGGUUUAGCAGACGCCUGUCAAAUGUUGUUAUUUUCGGCGACGUAUGAUGCAGACGUGAUGAAGUUUGCCCAAGAUGUGAUACCUCACGAUCCUAUAACUAUAAAACUACGACGAGAGGAAGAGAGUUUAGAUAAUAUUCGCCAGUAUUAUAUUGAGUGUGACAACAUAGAAGACAAAUAUAACGCUAUAUCUAACAUCUAUGGUACAAUAUCUAUAGGGCAGUCCAUGGUAUUUUGUCAUACAAGAAAGAAUGCUAGUUGGCUGGCUGAGAGAAUGUCUAAGGAUGGUCAUGUAGUUGGAAUAUUAACAGGAGAUUUGGCUGUGGAACAGCGAGCAGCCAUUAUCAAACGAUAUAGAGAGGGAAUGGAAAAAGUUUUGAUAACUACUAAUGUUUCAGCUAGAGGUAUUGACGUAGAAAUGGUAACAGUCGUGGUGAACUUUGACCUGCCAAUAUUACCCGACGGUAAACCCGACUGUGAGACAUACCUGCAUAGAAUAGGACGAACUGGUCGAUUUGGUAAAUCUGGUAUCGCCAUUAAUUUUGUGGACGGUCAAAGGUCAAUGAACAACUUGAAAUAUAUCGAGAAACAUUUUGGGAGGAAGAUAAUAAAACUUGAUGCAGAAGACAUGGAUUCUAUUGAAAAAAUUGGAACAUAAACUGUUUUGUGUUUCAAUAAUAGGAAUACUUUGUUUUAUUGUUUUUUGGAAGGACAUAUGAUGACUGAAAGUGAAGGUUUACUUGAUGACACCCCUCAUCUUCCUAUUAAACUCUUCCAAAAAUGCAUUCAAUGUAAUGCUGUAAAUGCAUGAUUGGAAGAGCUCAUUUGUAAAAUUAGGGGUGUUUUUGUAGAAAGUGCUAUCAAAAUAAUUUUUGUUAAGUUCUUUAUUGAUAGAAUCGCUUAAAGAGAGUUGACAUACCCAUAUUUCAUAAACAUUAUUAUGUGGACUCUGAAAGAGAUGAGAGUUGACAAACUUAAAUACAAUAUAGACAUUAUUAGCUAUGUUAUGUUUAUAAAAUAUCAUUAUGAGGACAAAACUUGUUCAGUUGACAAACCCAAAUGCAGAGUGGUGAUGCACCCAUUAGAUAUGUGUACCCUCUGAAGGAUAGCAGUGUUGACAAAUUUAAAUAUCAAAUACCCAUUAAUUAAAUUUGUGGACUCUCUAAAGGGGAUGUUAAAUUGAUGAAUUAUAAUUUGAGCUUUAAUUUAAUGAGUUGACAAACCCAAACGCAGAGGGCUUCAUAAUAUGAUGUAGAUUCAAAAGAAUUUUUUAACCAGUUAAAUAACCAAAGCUUAUUUUGAAUAUCCUAUAAUUUAGGACAAAAUGUUUUUAUUUUGGUUUCAAGAAGAUUUUGGUUUCAAUAAAUGAAUAAAUUGUUAGAGAAUAUAGAUUCAUUCUAUGUAAAUAUAAAAUAAUGUUCAUACUUGUUUUAUGUUGUUCAUUGUAUAAAAACAAUCAUUUCUU